CACAACUUUAAACUUGACUUCACUUUCACUCCUUCACUUCACCCCUUCCCAUCCCAACAACCAUACCUGAGAUAAACAAGACCAACACAAGAGCCCCCCGCAAGCGAUCCUUUUUUUCCCUUUUUUCAUUUUCCCUUUACCCCUCCUUCCUUCCUUCCUUCCUUCUCCAACAAUAAAAACCCAAAACCCAAAAAAUGCGACAAUCCAACUUAGUAGACCACUCCCGGGACCCCUGCCCGUGGGUAGUUCUCAGCGACUUUGGCGGCGCCUUUGCCAUGGGUGCCGUCGGCGGCGCAAUCUGGCACGGCGUGAAAGGCUUCAAGAACUCGCCCAGCGGUGAGCGCUCGAUUGGGGCGCUCACGUCGAUAAAAGCGCGCGCGCCCGUCCUCGGCGGCAACUUUGGCGUCUGGGGCGGCCUGUUCUCCUCUUUCGAUUGCGCCGUCAAGGGCGUACGGCAGAAGGAGGACCCCUACAACGCCAUCAUCGCCGGAUUCUUCACCGGCGGGGCACUCGCGGUUCGCGGCGGCGUCAAGGCAGCUAGGAAUAGCGCUAUUGGGUGCGCGUGCUUGUUGGCGGUUAUCGAGGGGGUCGGCAUCGGGUUGAAUAGGGUUACAGCUGGGGGGAGUAGGCCGCAGAAUCCUGGGCUGCCGAGUGAGAGUUCGACGGAGGCAUUACCGGCUUGAGUCUGUAAUUGGGGGUUGUUACUCGUUUUUUCUAUUCGUCCGUCUACUCUACUCUACUGUACAUUAUUCUACUUAGUUGAUUGGCUUCGUUGCUUGGGGAAUUUCUUUAUUAUUUUUGUUUUUUCCCUUCCUUUAUCAUUUCCCGAACGUCUCUGUGGGUUUGAGCACAAUAGCGAUGAGGUGGUAGAAAAGCCGUCUUUUUUUCUUUUUUCUUCUUCUCUUGUUCUGUUGGCUACUUACAUGGUGGUGAUGGUGGUAAAAAGGUAAACUGUGACAUUAUUAUAUCAUUCAAGUAUGAUCCGAUGCACUACCA